UAUAAAGGAAUGUUUAGAUCAGUGGUUUCUAACCUGUGGUACUGGUACUGAUAAAUACCAGUUCCCCCGGGGCUAUGCGAAAAAAAAUUCUGAAAUGGCGAGUCUACCGCACAAGUUGGGAACCGCAGACUGAGAGUGCCCACGUGACAUGUGUCAUGACUGGCCCACUUGUGAGUUCUGGCGCUUUAGCAGUGAGGCUGGGCCCUUUUUAAUAACAACAGCCAUCACUGGAAGAAAGUGAAGAGCCAGCUAACUGAGAUCAAGCCACGCAGGAAGCAGAGAAGGAGGCGGGUAGAUCUGGAGAGCAAAACCCAGCAGCCUAACUAUUGCAAACAGCCACCAAAGCCAGCAGAAGCCACCCUCCUGCACCCAAAAGGUAGAAAACUAGAGGGUGGCUAAAAAUUUAACCUGAUUGUGUAUAUAUAAUGACAGUAUAAAAUUGCUGUGUGAUUACUGGAAUACUGGGUCGACUUCUGUCACUGGACUGAAAAGGUGUGAAAGGUAACUUCAAUCAUGGUUGACACAGAAAUGCCGUUUUGGCCCAUGAAUUUUGGAGCCAGUUCACUGGAUUUAUCUGGCAUCGAGGAACACUCCCAUUCCUUUGACAUUAAACCAUAUACAACUGUAGACUUUUCAAGUAUAUCUGCACCUCUUUACGAAGAUAUUUUGGAAGAAAAGACUUUCCUUAGGAACGACCAAACGUCACUUGAUUAUAAGUAUGACCUGAGACUUCAGGAUUGCCAAAAUUCUAUAAAACUCGAACCUCCUUCACCUCCCUAUUACUCUGACAAAUCCCAGGCAUACAAUAAAGUUCAAGAUGAGUCUUCUAAUUCGCUCAUCACCAUAGAGUGCAGAGUUUGCGGAGACAAAGCGUCUGGAUUCCAUUACGGUGUUCAUGCUUGUGAAGGGUGUAAGGGAUUCUUCAGAAGAACAAUCCGCCUGAAGCUUAUUUAUGAACGGUGUGAUUUAAAUUGUCGGAUUCACAAGAAAAGCAGAAACAAGUGUCAGUUCUGCAGAUUUCAGAAAUGUCUGGCAGUUGGUAUGUCCCAUAAUGCAAUCAGGUUUGGAAGAAUGCCACAAGCUGAAAAGGAGAAACUCUUGGCUGAAAUUUCUAGUGACAUUGACCAGAUGAAUCCGGAAUCUGCUGAUCAACGCGUACUCGCCAAGCACUUGUAUGAUUCAUAUUUAAAAUCCUUCCCUCUCACUAAAGCCAAGGCAAGAGCCAUAUUGACAGGAAGAACCACAGACAAAUCACCGGUUGUUAUAUACGAUAUGAAUUCGCUGAUGAUGGGGGAAGACCAGAUCGCCUACCAUUACAUGACUCCUUUUCAGGAGCAAAACAAGGAAGUCGCCAUUCGAAUCUUCCAGAGAUGCCAGUCUCGCUCAGUGGAGGCAGUCCGCGAGAUCACUGAAUUUGCCAAAAAUAUACCAGGAUUUGUGAACCUUGAUCUGAAUGAUCAAGUGACUCUGCUGAAGUAUGGUGUUCACGAAAUAAUAUUCACCAUGUUGGCAUCAUUAAUGAACAAAGAUGGUGUUCUCAUAGCCGAUGGACAGGGGUUUAUGACGCGGGAAUUCUUGAAGAGCUUACGAAAGCCAUUUAGUGACUUCAUGGAGCCCAAGUUUGAGUUUGCCAUACGGUUUAAUGCGCUGGAGUUAGAUGACAGCGACCUGGCCAUCUUUGUAGCUGUCAUUAUACUAAGUGGAGAUCGACCUGGACUAGUGAACGUGAAGCCAAUUGAAGCAAUUCAAGACAGCUUACUACAAUCCCUGGAACAUCAGCUUAAAUUAAACCAUCCAGACUCCUCUCAGCUCUUUGCCAAACUUCUCCAAAAGAUGACGGAUCUAAGACAGGUCGUGACAGAACAUGUUCAGCUCUUGCAAAUUAUCAAGAAAACGGAGGCAGAUAUGUGUCUACAUCCUCUCCUACAGGAGAUCUACAAGGACUUAUAUUAAACAUAUCAUUUUGGUCAUGGUUAUAUCUUUCUCCUAUUUGCACUAUUUUCAUGAGGGAAACAGUAAACAGCCAAAAUAUUACUGUGAAACAGCCAUAAAACAAGACACAAAGCUUUAGUUUAACAAAGUUUAUUUUAUGUAAUGGUUUAUAUAAGCACAUGUACAAUUUUGUUUAAUAUUAAAAUGUUUUAAGACAA